AUGCCUGCAGUUGUCAUCGUUGGCGCUGGAGUCGGCGGUAUUUCCUGCGCGAUUGCACUGAAGCGAAAGCUGAACUGUGAGGACUUUGUGAUCUUUGAAAAGGCUUCAGAUGUUGGUGGGACGUGGCGCGACAACAUAUACCCGGGCGCUUCGUCAGACAUCGCCAUACACUUCUACUCGCUCAGUACCGAUCUGAACCCGGACUGGUCGUCAACCCAUGGAACUCAAGCAGACGCGCUUGACUACUGGCGCAAGUUGACGACGAAAUACAGCCUCUACCCGCACCUUACGCUUAACACACGCGUUGUUUCCGCAGUCUGGAACGGGUCAGAAUACGAUGUAGCUGUCGAGAACCUGCUUACCGGCGAGCAUUCAAACAUCACAGCCAAAGUGGUCGUGUCAGCCAUCGGAAUCUUGGAGAUGCCCAAACUUCCCGCCAUCCCGGGUCUCGCGUCGUUCAAAGGCCACAAGUUUCACUCAGCGAGAUGGGAUACUGGGGUGGAUCUCAGGGGACAACGAGUCGCUGUGAUCGGCAAUGGGGCAUCUGCCACACAAUUCGUUCCUCUCAUUUCUGAAGACCCUUCUGUCCAAAUCACCCAGUUCUGCAGGACGCCAAAUUGGCUGCUCCCUCCAGCUCGCAGCAAGUACAGCGACACGGAAAAAUGGAUUUUCCGACACGUUCCACUAGCACUGAAGGCAUAUCGCUCCAUGCUUUACAUUCGUAGCGAGCUUCUGUACGUCGCAGUCUUUGCACGCAAAUCCCUUCGCGAUAUGAUGACCAAGCGCGUGAAAGGAUACAUUCUCGCGAGUUCCCCUGAGGAGAUGCGUGGCCAACUCAUUCCGAAUUACGAGAUCGGAUGCAAACGUGUUCUUUUCGACACAGACUAUUUGAAGUGCCUCCAUCGGCCUAAUAUGAAUCUGAAUUGGAACCGAAUUCAAAACAUCACUGAGCAGGGACUAGUUACGAAGAAUGGGGAGGUUUUGGAAUUUGAUGUCAUCAUAUUCGCGACUGGGUUCAUUGCGGAUAAGUACCCUGUCCACGUCGUUGGGGAUAAAGGCAUUUCUGUCCAGGAGUACUACAAUUCGCAAGGUGGCCCGAAGGCGUACUGCGGUACCGCUAUCCCGGGCUUUCCGAACUUCUUCUUGCUCGCUGGUCCCAAUACGACGACGGGUCAUACAUCCGUUAUCCUCACCGAAGAAAUCCAGAUCAACUACAUCCUGAAAUUGGUCAAACCGAUUCUCGCGGGGCUAGUCAAGACCUUCACUGUGACGUCCCGUGCUACAGACGCGUAUAACGAGCUUAUUCAUGCUCGGCUUGCGCGCUCUGUCUUCGUAGGGUGCGUGUCGUGGUAUCGCACAGCAAAUGGAGAGGGCAAGGUCUCGAGCAUCUUUCCCGGCCCGAUGGCACUCUACGCAUGGUGGUUGAGACGACCGGUCUGGGAGCACUAUGAAGCCGAUGGGGCAAGUGAUAGGUGGAGGUCAUUGAUAUGGUGGAACACUUUGGCGCAAAUGCUGAAUCCUCUGCACUAUGUUGGGCUGAUGUUCGGAUGGUUUUUAACGUGGGUUAGCGGGUAG